UGAAUCGAAGAUCUUAAAUUGUAACCAGAAUCGUAUGUCUUCUCUGUUUUAUCGUUCACUUUAGCGUUGAAAACUUGAAACAAAGUUUUGUUUGGAUAAAAAAGUAAGCAACUGAGGAAUGGUUUGAGUAUUGGCUGUGGGAUAAAAUCUAAACUUUCUUUAUUAAUGACAUAUUCCUUUGUUUCAACAAAAGCAGGUUUGCCCGAGUGGUUAAGGGGGAAGACUUAAGUUCUUCUGCACAUAAGUGCGCGUGGGUUCGAACCCCACAGCCUGCAUUUAUUUUGAUUUACAUUCAUAUGCAACAUAGUUGAUAGUUGUUCCAGUUCGUUUGUUAUAAUUUUAUUUUUCUUUUCAAGCUAUAUAAAUUUAAGGGAAACCGUGAUAUAAUCUUUAUUUUUCUUUUGCACGGGUCAAAAUCUAGUUUUAGAGAUAUCUAUAUGUGGAAGCGUGUAAACCAAAUCUUAGUUUAGCGAUGAAUAUGAUCUGAUGCGAUUUACAUUCGUGUGAUUAAUAGUCUCUUUGAUGACCUUCCACAUCUCUGCACCUCCUGUGCUGUUCGCCUUAAACAAAAGGAAGAAUUUGAUAGACACAUGGAGAUGCACGAUAAGAAGCUUGAGUUAAGUGGCACAAAAAGUAAAUGUAAAGAUUGGUUUCCAAAGGCUGAGGACUGGAUAGCAGCAAAGCCUGGAGACCUAGAACCUGUUUACUGAAUAUGAGGAAGUUCUGAGUGAACCCGAGAGUGUUGUUGAAGAUGGUCCAUCCGUAGAUGCUGAUGAGAACCAGUGCGCAUGUAUAUUAUGUGGAGAGAUGUUUGAGGACUAUUUCAGGCAAGAAGUGGCUCAAUGGAUGUUCAAGGGAGCUUCUUACCUUACCAUUGCUUACAGAUUGUUUGUCUAAUAGUUCUUUGCUGACCCUGGAAAUUGGGAGAGCAAUCAAACAGGUAACUUAGUUCUAUCUCAAACUCCAUUCUAUAAUUCAGCAUAAAUCCACCUUUACGUUUUCCUUACUCGUUUGGUUCCAUUCUUCUAGGAAAUGGUUUGAGUAACCUCCAUAUGAAGGCCAAUAAACCUAUCCUGGAGGAAGCGGUAGCAUCACAGGGGAACGGGUUUGUGAGUUCUCAUGAUUAUACUAGUUUUGUAGAAAAGUGUCAAGCUUCGAGUUAGAGAAAAAAAGAUGUGCAGUAUUUUUUUUAAAAAGUUCUCAUGUAUGCUUUGUCUCUCUCUUUUUUUUUUCAUUCUAUACGAAAUACAAAAUAGCAAAGAAGCCUUCCCGGUAAUGCACAUUCCACAUUAUAUGCCUUUCUUUCAUGUGUCGCAAAAGAAUAUGCGGGCAAUCGGAUUUCUUAUGAACAUAGAUUUGCCAGGUUACGUAUCAUGGGCAUCUGAAGCAACCCAUGAGGCCAAAUAUGUAGUACCUUGGCAAUGAUUUUAUUAUCAUAUUUCAUUUUGGAGUGUAGUUGUAGUUAGAAGUUGCCUUCAUGACAACCAUUUGCUUGCUUGUAGAGUGGAUGGGGAAAGAGGAAAUUAAAAUCAAACAUUUAAUUUGAGAAAGAGAGAAAUGCAAAAGGUGUGAGAGUUAAAUUGAGUGUGUGGAGUGUUGUUAUAGGGCUGUGUAUGUAGGUGGGGGUGAGAGCUAAAAAGAAGAGAGCGGAGCUCAUUUCCUUCCUUUCGGGAAACCCACACCAAUGUUCACGUGAAUGAGAGCUGGUCAACAUUUAAUGUUGAAUCGGAUAGGCUUCCUUUUCAAUUUCAUUGAGGAUAAGCUAAGGGUUUUGAUUAUUCGCAAAUUUAACUAGUCAUUGCUUAAUCAGAUAGGUCCAGUGAUGCAAGUCUUCACCUCCCGUGUGUGUUCGUUUUUGUAAGAUUUGCAUAAUUGUCAUACUUUAGAAGACGUCACUUGGUAAUAUGUUUCUUAGAUUUACGAAUUUAAAAGACCAAACACACACGUCUUAUUACAACAACUAACCUGUAUAAUUCCAGGUCAAACCAUUAUUCAAUUUGUUUUUCUUGCAACAAGCUAUUUAUUAAUUUAUCAUUUUGGCGGCAACUAUAAAUUAACUUGUUUAUGUGGAUUAAUAACUAAAUAAAUGUAGACUGAAAAAGAGCUAUCAAUGGUCCGUUCGUUGAGUUUUCAUAAAGACGUCUAUAUAACGACCCAAGAGAAUUUUUUUUCUUUUACAAUAUGGAUUUUUAUAAAUAAACUGAACUGAAAUAGAGAAAGCUGUUUUUAGUAUAUCAUUAUGGUUGGAGGCUUGGAGCCGUGAUUAGUAAUUUUUAGGUUCAUACUUCAAACAAUCAAAUGUGUGUAGAAAAUGCAUACUCAAGGACUUGGAAUAUAAAUAUAUGAAAAAAUCUUCUUCUUUUAUUUUAUCAAAAAGAUGAAAAAAUAUCUUAACAAUAAUAUAUACCAUUCAAAUCAAUCUCUGUUGUUGGAUUAUACAUGUUGAUAAAAUCAGGAAUAUCUUUUUUGAUCAAAAAAUUCAGGAAUGGCUAAAAUUUAUUAAAUUAUUACAUGCUGAUAAUGCAAGGAACAUGGUUUCAAAACUAUAUAAUUAUACCUCUUGAUCUCUUGUCGUUGGCUUAUUUUUUUCAAUCCCAUAUGGCCAUAUCUAACUUACAUUUAAUGAUUCGAUUUCUUUAAAUUUCAUCAACUAAAGUUUUAAAAUAAAAUUAAUAUUUUACAGACCGGAUGAAACUCAAAAAGUCAGAGGGCAGAGACAUGGACAUCUUCACAUGCCCGAAUGAACACACAUCCAAGACAACAAGAAUAAUUCAUCUCUGUCUUUCUUCCUCCAUAUCUUCUCUGCAACUCUUCCGUACCAAAUCUUAUUAAAACUUCCUCAGUUUUUAUUUAUUUUUACAUUUCUCCCGGAAAAAUAACCUCUCUUUUAAAAGUUCCAUUCACUCUGUCAAGUCUAUGUUCUUCCACGUCGUCUCUAAUCUCUAAAAGACAGAAUCUGUAAACUCCACCAAAACUUUAUCUUCUUUUCAAAACUUUGUCUCCCUCCUCAAGCUAUUUCUUAUCUCUCUUUAAUCACACGUAUAGCAUCCAUAACCCUUUUCAAAAUCUUUCCUUAAAGUUUCCAUCUUUCCAACUUUCUCAGAAAAAUAGCUUUCAUUUUCUUUCUCAUCAUCAUGAGAGGUCUCGCGGCUUGUUACAGCGAACACGCCAUUAAAGUAUCAGACACGUACUGUUCAGGUCCUUCAAACCAUACCUACAUCUCUCCGACAUUACCUCCUUCGAUCCCCGACACGGUAACCACCACUUAUACAUCCUCCUCCGACAAACCCGUCUCUGUUUCGCUCACCUGGUCGGAUAAUCUCACCGUCGUUAUCUCAACAACGCCGGCGAAGUCUUACUCCGUUUCGCUAAAGAAACCAAAAGGGUCGAGAAAGCUGACUUCUUCCUCCGGCUCACUCAACGCUGAGAUCCUCUGGGAUCUAACGGAGGCUGAGUACGAUAACGGCGGUCCUGAACCGACGAGAGGGUUCUCCGUCGCCGUCGUGGUGAAUUCCGAGGUUGUCCUCCGAGUCGGCGACGUUGACCGGCGAGACACGUCGUCGUGGCGGGUCUCGAGAACGGAGAGAUACUCCGGGAGUUGCUGGCUCUCGACAAAAGCUAAAUUCUCCGACGCCGGGAGUAAACACGAGAUUCAGAUACAAUGCGGCGGCGGAGGAGGAGGUGGUGGUGGUGGCGGUGGGGGUGGAGAGGAAGGGUAUUUAUGGAAACUAAAAAGUCCUGAAACGAUGUCGGUUUGGGUGGAUAAGAGGAAAGUGUUUCAGGUGAAGAAGCUCAAGUGGAACUUCAGAGGGAACCAAACGAUGUUCUUCGAUGGUAUGCUUAUCGAUAUGAUGUGGGACUUGCACGACUGGUUCUUCAAAGAAACGGCGUCGUCUUCUUCGACUGGUUCUAAAACGACGUCGUCUUCGUCCUCUUCUUCCUCCUCGUCUUCUCCUCCGUGUGCUGUGUUUAUGUUCAGGAGGAGGAGUGGAUUGGAUAGCAGAUUGUGGCUAGAGGAAGAUGAAGAAGAGAACAAGAAGAUUGGGUUAAGAGAAGCCAAACAUUCGUUUUCUCUUGUCAUUUGUGUUUCUAAAAAGUAAAAAAAAAAAAUUACUGAUGCAUUGAUUUUUUAACCCUUUGUUAUAUGGAUGGUUUUGACGUUUACAUAACUCUUCGUUGUCUGAUUUUAAUAUAUAAAGUUUUCAUGA